AUGAGCCAGGCCAGUGCCAGCGCGCUCCCGCCCGGCAGGCCCCGGAGGCAGCCCUUCGCCCACCCAGAGAGCCCCUCUUUGGAAUCCAGUUUCUAUUCUUCUCCACCUGUGAAUUUCCUCCAAGAACUGCCGAGUUACCGGUCCAUUGCACGCAAGAGGACGAUCAUCCCUUCCCGAGACAAGCAGAGUGGCAUUUUGCUGAAGCCGACAGACUCUUACACCUCCCAGCGGGAGGGAGAAAUCGCGGAAAACCUCAACAGCCAGUCCAUUCGGAAGUAUGCGCUGAACAUCUCUGAGAAGCGGAGGCUAAGGGAAAUUCAGGAGACCCAAAUGAAGUAUUUAUCCGAGUGGGACCAGUGGAAACGGUAUAGCAGCAAGUCCUGGAAGAGGUUCCUGGAGAAAGCUCGUGAGAUGAUGACCCACCUGGAGCUGUGGCGAGAGGACAUUCGCAGCAUAGGAGGGAAAUUUGGCACUGGGAUUCAGUCCUAUUUCUCUUUCCUGCGAUUUCUGGUGUUGCUGAAUUUGGUCAUAUUUCUGAUCAUCUUCAUGUUGGUUUUGCUCCCAAUAUUGCUCACGGAAUACAAGGUUACCAACAGCAGCUUCGUGCUCAUUCCAGCCAAAGACAUAGAUAUUCAAUGCACAGUAUAUCCAAUAAGUAGUUCUGGACUCAUCUAUUUUUACAGUUAUAUCAUAGACCUGCUCUCUGGCACUGGCUUCUUGGAAAAGACCUGCCUCUUUUAUGGACAUUACACCAUUGACGGGGUGAAAUUUCAGAAUUUCACCUAUGAUUUGCCUCUGGCCUAUUUGUUAAGCACAAUUGCCUACCUGGCCCUGAGCCUUCUUUGGAUAGUGAAAAGGUCGGUGGAAGGGUUCAAAAUCAACCUGAUCCAGAGUGAGGAGCACUUCCAGAGUUACUGCAACAAGAUCUUUGCCGGCUGGGACUUCUGCAUCACCAGCCAGAGCAUGGCGGACCUCAAGCACAGCAGCCUGCGGUACGAGCUCCGAGCAGACCUGGAGGAAGAAAGAAUCCGGCAGAAAAUAGCGGAAAGGACCACUGAAGAAACAAUACGGAUUUACUCUCUGAGACUGUUCUUGAACUGUAUUGUUCUGGCUGUGUUAGUGGCAUGCUUUUAUGCAAUCUAUAAAGCAACUAUAUUCUCACAAGAACACAUGCAAAAAGAAAUUGACAAGAUGAUUUUCGGAGAGAACCUCUUGAUUUUGUACCUGCCUUCUAUUGUGAUCACUCUGGCCAAUUUUAUCACCCCAGUGAUCUUCGCCAGGAUCAUCCACUAUGAGGAUUACUCCCCGGGCUUCGAGAUCAGGCUGACAAUCCUUAGGUGUGUCUUCAUGCGGCUGGCGACCAUCUGUGUGCUGGUGUUCACCCUGGGCUCCAAGAUUACAUCCUGUGAUAACAACUCGUGUGAGCUCUGUGGCUACAACCAGAAACUCUACCCGUGCUGGGAAACCCAAGUUGGGCAGGAAAUGUACAAGCUGAUGAUCUUUGACUUCAUCAUCAUCUUGGCUGGGACACUUUUUGUGGAUUUUCCCAGAAAGCUCCUGGUGACGAACUGCUCCUCCUGGAAGCUGGUACAGUGCUGGGGGCAGCAGGAAUUUGCCAUUCCAGAUAACGUUCUGGGCAUCGUGUAUGGGCAAACCAUUUGCUGGAUUGGAGCCUUUUUCUCGCCCCUCCUCCCUGCCAUUGCAACCGUGAAAUUCAUCAUCAUCUUCUACGUGAAAGAGGUGAGCCUUCUUCACACCUGCAGACCCUCCCGAAAGCAGUUCAGAGCAUCCAAUUCUAAUUUCUUCUUCCUGCUGGUGUUGUUGAUCGGCCUGUGCUUGGCAGUAAUACCGCUGACAAUCAGCAUGGCACACAUCCCUUCCUCCAAAGCCUGUGGGCCGUUCAUCAACUCCAACACCACCUGGGAGGUGGUCCCCAAGACGGUGAGCACCUUCCCCAGCUCGCUCCAGUCCCUGGUCCACGGCAUCACGUCGGAAGCCUUUGCGGUGCCUUUCUUCAUGAUCAUCUGCCUCGUUAUGUUUUACUUCAUUGCCCUGGCCGGAGCGCAUAAGCGGGUGGUCGUCCAGCUCCGAGAGCAGCUGUCCCUGGAAAGCCGCGACAAGCGUUACCUCAUCCAGAAACUAACGGAAGCCCAGAGGGACAUGAGGAACUGA